GUGCGUCAUUUCCUAUUUACGUUAAUUUUCCCGCGCUGGUUGUAGCUGUCAUUGAGGAUUAACAAUACCGAACGAAUAAACAUGCCAAUCUCUGAUUAUGAUUCAGCUUGUUUGCCGGAUUUGUUGCCACUUUAUUACCGCAGACUCUUCCCUUUUUCACAGUACUUUCGCUGGUUAAGUUAUGGCGGUGUGUCCAAAAACUACUUCCAGAACCGUGAAUUCUCCUUCACGUUAAAAGAUGACAUCUAUGUGAGAUAUCAGUCCUUCAGCUCUCAGAAUGAGCUGGAGAAGGAGAUGCAGAAAAUGGUUCCUUACAAGAUUGAUAUUGGAGCAGUCUACAGCCACAAGCCCAGUCAACACAACACAGUGAAGUCUGGAACCUUCCAGGCCCUGGAAAAGGAGCUGGUGUUUGACAUUGACAUGACAGACUAUGAUGACGUCAGACGUUGCUGCAGUGCUGCUGAUAUCUGCUCAAAGUGCUGGACUCUAAUGACCAUUGCUAUCAUCAUUCUGGACCGGGCUCUUCGGGAGGACUUUGGUUUCCACCAUCUCCUGUGGGUGUAUUCGGGUAGGAGAGGAGUGCAUUGCUGGGUUUGUGAUGAUGCUGCUAGAAAGCUCUCAGUGGCGGCGAGGUCUGCCGUGGCUGAAUAUCUCAGUUUAGUCAAGGGUGGCGAGGAGACCUUGAGAAAAGUUGUGCUGUCAGAUCCAAUUCAUCCUUUCAUAAGUCAAUCUCUGUCUGUAGUGGAGCGCUAUUUUCCACAGUACGCCAUUGUGGAUCAAGACAUAUUGGGCAAUAAGGAGAGCGUGGACAAAGUGCUCGGUCUUUUGCCUGAAGAUAUCAAAAAAGAUCUAAUCGAAUAUUAUCAGACUCACAAGGAACCGAUGAAGCGAUGGGACAGACUCCGCCAACUGGUCGACCACAAAAAGUCGAGUAGCAAGAAGGGAGGCCAGUACUAUGAUAAGGAGAUCAUGCUGCAGUACUGUUACCCACGUCUGGAUGUCAACGUCAGUAAAGGAGUCAACCAUUUACUGAAGAGCCCCUUCAGCGUUCACCCCAAGACAGGUCGAAUCUCUGUCCCAAUUGAUUUAAAAGAACUGGUCAUUGAUCCUUUUAAGGUGCCCACAAUCAGUCUGAUCUGUGAGGAGCUGGAGAAAUCCAGAGCAGAUGAAGCGGAGGACGAGGAUGUGAAGGACAAGGAGAAUGAACAAGAAGCUGCAGAGCGACGCAGAAUCAGAGACUACAAGCGCACCAGCCUGGCCAAGUAUGUGAAGGUCUUCGAUCAGUUUCUGGACUCAAUGGCUCGAUCUCGCAAAGGAGAGAUGCUGAAGAAGAGUGAUCUUCAGAAGGACUUCUAAGGCAAAAGAGCGGUGACAUCAACAGUUCACAUAAAAUAAAUGUACAUGUUUGUAUGCUGCCCUUCUGCUUCUGAAGAGACGGACAUUUUAUUUCUCUGAAACAUACAUUGAGGAAUCAUAUGUACGAAAUAAUGCCAUUUAUUUUGUAUUCCUUUACUUUUCUAAUAGAAAUGUCUUAUUUUUCACUUGUAAAUCAGAUUCAGUUUUCAUUGUAUUUUUUCACCAGCUUAUUAAACAAAUUCAUAAUAAAAAAUUUGCAUAAACGCA